AUGGAAAUAGGAUCGUCUGAAAAACGUUCAAUGUCGCCGGAAAUGUUUUUAGCAUCACCGGUUGACCGCUUAAAAAAAUUUAAGAAAAAAAAGUCUCUUUCCAAAUCACGCAACGAAAAAAAUAAAAAAGUAUAUGAAGCUUUCAAGAAUAAACUUCAAAAGAUACUUCCUGCUGUUUUCAAAAAAGACGUUGGUCGUGGAAAUUAUAUUUUCGAAUUGUUUUGCGAUAUAAUUCGCAUGAAUAAUUUGAUUGAUACUUGUGAUGAUAUGGGGUCUUUAGACUUUAUUAUGACUCAGCAACGUAUCUCACGCGCUUUGGAUAAUUUCUUCAGUAUCCGAGGAAUUUUAACCAUUAAAGACAAUGACACUACCACUGCAAGAUACUUGGAGAAUUACAUGACUCUUUAUCGGUGUCAAUUUCAAGAAUUGUCGUGGAUUGGAAGAGGAGGCUUUGGUUGCGUUGUGAAAGCUAAACAUUAUCUCGAUGGUCUAGAUUAUGCUAUAAAAAAAGUAUAUAUUGAACAACAGCGUUCCGAAGAAAUCGUUAAAUGUCUGGAGGAAGUUAAAAUUUUGGCUCAAUUGAAUCAUCCCAAUGUCGUUGCUUACAAACAAGCAUGGAUUGAACCUUGCAAUGAUACUGAUUUAUUUGAACUUUCUCAGUCGUCUCAAUCGGGUAGUCAGACUGGCACUGAUUAUUAUAACACCAUUCGAAAAGACAUUGGAUUUCUUAAUAUACUUAGUACGAAAAACGGUCUUCCCGAUAAGGCGAUGCAAGUUGAUGAAGCUUCCCAAAAUUCACAAGAGAAUGAGUCUCGAGUAGUUUUAUACAUUCAGAUGAGCUUAUGUCAUCAAAAUCUUCGCGAAUGGAUGGAUGGGCGAGAAGAAUUUUCCACAUCAUCAGAAAUUGAAGAAAUAAUGAUUCAAAUACUUAGCGGUCUAAAGUACAUCCACAAUCGCGGAGUAAUUCAUCAUGAUAUUAAACCUCAAAACAUCUUCAUUUCUGUGGAGUCAGGAAAAAUUUCUGUUCAAUUAGGUGAUUUUGGGUUAGCUUGCGAGUGUCAAAAAAUUGAGCACAGUCAAGAAAUCGGGACGAGGUUGUAUGUGGCUCCGGAACAACUUAAAAAAAAAUGUGAUCCGAAGAGCGAUAUAUAUAGCUGUGGAAUUGUGCUUUUUGAGGUCGUUUAUCCAAUGCAAACAGAAAUGGAACGACAUUUAAAAAUUCAAGAGUUGAAAAAAGGUCAAGUACCAUCUGAAGUUAUAGAACGUUAUCCGUUUUGGAUGAGUAUACUAAAAAAAGCUACUCAGGACCAUUCAAAUUUGCGACUAUCAGCAGGUGAACUACUGGACAUGAUAAAUUUUAAAGAUAGUCUGAAAGUAACAAAGUUAAAAGAGGAAAAUAAAAGACUGAAAGAAGAAAAUAAUUUACUGAAAGCUAAGUUCGGCAGUUACUUUUGAAUUUAAAAAACUAACUUUUGUCAUUAUUUUGCCGAAUGUGACGGUUUUUUAAAGAGUUUAUCAUUGUCUUCCCAUUUGGAAAUAAGGAAAUAUUCAUUGCUAUAUUCUUUACAA